GCCUGCGGAGUGUUUAGGCCGGAGUAGCCGCGGGAGCACCGGAGCCCGCGAGCCUGAGCUGCCCGCCCGCCCUUCUCCUGGAGGCGACACAAGUGCUGAGGGGUCUGGGGGGCGGCUGCGCAGUGCCCGCGGCCAAAGCCGUGCAGGCACGCGAGGUGCCAGGCCCCGGCGGCGGUGGGUGGGGGGCGCCGACUGCAGGCCACCAUGUUCAGCCAGCAGCAGUUGCUCCAGCUGCAGCAGUUGCUCCAGCAGGCACCCCCGCAGGCCCCAUUGCCUGUGGCUGUCAGCCGGGGCCUCCCCCAGCAGCAGCCGCAGCAGCAACUUCUGAACCUCCAGGGCACCAACUCGGCCUCGCUCCUCAAUGGACCUUUGCUCCAGAGGGCUUUGCUUUUGCAGCAGUUGCAAGGACUGGACCAGUUUGUAAUGCCACCAGCCCCAUAUGACAGUGCCGGUCUCACCAUGCCCACAGCAACCUUGGCUUCUCCCCAAUUCUCACCUGCAGGUAACCUCCGCAGCUUCAACAUGGCAACUCCGAACCUGACCGCCCCCGGCCUCGCACCCCAGCUGGCCACCCCAAAUCUGCAGCAGUUCUUUCCCCAGGCCACUAGCCAGUCUCUGCUGGGCCCCCCUCCUGUCGGAGUCCCCAUUAACCCCUCCCAGCUCAAUGUCUCAGGGCGGACCCCCCAGAAACAGGCCCGGACUCCCUCCUCCACCACCCCUAAUCGCAAGGAUUCUUCUUCUCAGACGGUGCCCAUGGAAGACAAGUCAGACCCCCCAGAGGGGUCUGACGAAGCCCUGGAUUCCCGAACAGACACACCGGAAGACCAAGACCCGCCCCCCUGCCCAGAUGGCAUCACCAAGGAGAAACCUGUCCCCGCACCUGGGCCCGAACCCUGCGACGCGGCCGAGCCACCAGCCAAGAGACUGAAGAGCUCAGAGAAGCCCACAGAGAAGGGGCCUCCAGGGCAGCCGCAGGCUGCGGUGCCACCGCGGGCCCGGACGAUGGCACCAAAGCAGACACAGACCCCUGAGCUACUGCCCGAGCCGCUGGAAGCCCGUGGGCUGCCGCGAUUCCAGCCCCGGGUCCUGAAGAUCCAGGCCCAGGUGCCACCACAGACCCAGCUGGGGCCGCCGGCGGGCGCUCAGGUGCCGCAGCUACAGAAGCAGGCGCAGACACAGACGUCUCUGGAGCACUUGGGGCCGCAGGACCAGGUGCGGGCACAGCGGCAGGAGGCAGAGCCGCAGGUGCAGCCCCUGGGGCAGGUGCCACGGCAGAAGCAGGCCCAGACGCAGACGUAUCCACAGGGACACAUGCAGGCCCAGCCACAGGAGCAGCAGCCGGAGCAGACUCCUGGGCAGCCUCAGCUCCAGCCCGAGGUGUCGGUGCCAACACCAGACCGCACACCAACCCCCGGGCUCACCACGGUGCCGGAGAUGCCACCUGCUAGAGUGGAAGGCCCAGAGGAGGCCUCGUCAGACUCGGUGGAUGCCCAGGGCAGCAUGGAAGAGAGCCAGGAGGAGGCGGCCAGCGGCCUGGACGUGGGAGAAUGUGAAAAAAGAGCAAGAGAGCUGCUAGGGGUGUGGGGUGCCGGGGGCUCCCUGAAGGUCACCAUCCUGCAGAGCAGUGACAGCCGGGCCUUUAGCACCUCACCUGUCACACCCGGGCCCCGUCCCAGCGACUCCAUCUCUGCCACCCCUCCAGCCAGCAGCACACCCUCCAAGCAAACCCUCCAGUUCUUCUGCUACCUCUGCAAAGCCAACUGCACCAGCCAGCAGGAGUUCCAGAACCACAUGGCUGGGGCUCAGCACCAGCAGCGGCUCGGGGAGCUCCAGCACACCAACCAAGGCUGCCUCCUGUCCCUGCUGCCCGUGCCCCGGGAUGUCCUGGAGAGAGAGGAGGAGCCUCCACUGAGGCGCUGGUGCAACACCUGCCAGGUCUACUAUGUGGGGGACCUGAUCCAGCACCGCAGGACGCAGGACCACAAGGUCGCCAAACAGUCCCUGCGACCGUUCUGCACUGUUUGUAACCGCUACUUCAAGACCCCCCGCAAGUUCGUGGAACAUGUCAAGUCUCAGGAACACAAGGACAAAGCCAAGGAGCUGAAGAUGCUCGAGAAGGAGAUAGCUGGCCAAGACGAGGACCACUUCAUCACGGUGGAUGCCGUGGGCUGCUUCGAGGGUGACGAGGAGGAGGAGGACGAUGAGGAAGAAGAGAUUGAGGUGGAGGAGGAAUUCUGCAAGCAGGUGAGUUCCAGAGAUACACCCAUGGAGGAGUGGAAGGGCUCGGAGACCGACAGCCCCAACACUGCCAAUGGUGUGGACUUCCUGGUGCCCGUGACGGGCUACGUCUGUCGCCUUUGCCACAAAUUCUACCACAGCAGCUCGGGGGUGCAGCUUUCCCACUGCAAGUCCUCGGCCCACUUUGAGAACCUGCAGAAAUACAAGGCAGCCAAGACCCCCAGCCCCACCACCCGGCCCGUGAGCCGCCGAUGCGCGAUCAACGCCCGCAACGCCUUGACGGCCCUGUUCACCUCCGGUGGCCGCCCAAUCAUGCAGGACAUGGCCAAAGCGCCCAGCAAGGUGACGCCUCGGACCCCCCAACCUCUACACCGCCGACGCUCAACCCGCCUCCAAAACUUAUAGAGGGCGCCCCCUGUGCCCAGAGCUGUCAGUGACCUCGGGUCUGUGUGGAAACGGCGCAGUUGGUGUUUUACUCAGGCCAAUAAAGACAUUUAGCUGUGCA